AUGGAAUUGCCUCAUUCAAUUGGAAAUUUACUACAUCUACAGUAUUUGGAUCUUUCUUACACGAAAAUCAAACAAUUGGCUGAAUCAGGAAUGCCAAUGCAAAUGAGUCAAUUAAAAUGCCUCCAACUUUUAACUGCCUUUGUGGUGGGCAAGUCCAAGGGGUUGGGUAUUGAAGAGUUGGAGGAGUUUCGUCAUCUUCAAAGUACGCUCUCCAUUUCAAGUUUGCAAAAUGUAACUAAUGGCAUGGGUGCAAUGGAGGCAAUAUUGGAGGAGAAAAUGUACCUUAAAAAAGUGGUACUCGAAUGGAGGAGCAUUACCAAUGAUUCACAGAUUGAGAGAGAUGUUCUCGACAAGCUAAAACCUCAUACAAACUUGAAACGCCUUGAGAUUAAAAGCUUUGGUGGCACAAGAUUUCCAGAUUGGUUGGGAGAUAAAUCAUUUUGUAAUAUAGUGUAUUUGUCUCUUGACAAUUGUAAGUAUUGCUUUUCCUUGCCACCAUUUGGUCAGUUGCCCUCUUUGAAGGACCUUGAAAUUUCAAGGAUGCGAGGAAUAACAAAGGUAGGCCAUGAAUUCUAUGGAGAUAGUUCUUUAAGCAAACCAUUUCAAUCUCUAGAGACUCUUAGAUUUAAAGAAAUGUUGGAGUGGGUGGACUGGUAUAUAUUAGAAUCUGGAGAGUUCUCUAAGCUUAAAGAGCUUCAAGUAAUCAAAUGUCCAAAGCUGAUUGGAGGCUUACCGAAACACAUUCCAUCUUGUGUGAGACUUGAGAUACGGGAAUGCUCAAGACUUAUGGGCCAACUUUCGAAUAUUUGUGGCGCAGGCACAAGUGAAUUAGUAUUGAAAGGAUGUGAUGGGGUAGAAUUGGGGUGUCGAGGUUUGUCUUCCCUAACAAAAUUCGAGAUUUCAGAGAUGCCUAAUUUAAAGGAAUUGACACCCGAGCUGUGCGCUUUAACAAAUCUGAAGGAGUUCAGGGUAUGGAAUUGUCCAAGCCUAUUGUCAUUCCCAGAUACAGGGUUGCCACCCAUGCUUACAUGCCUUACAAUCAAGCACUGUCCAAGCCUAGUGUUCCCCAGAUCCGAGGAUAUGGAGAACUGCUGCACAUCCCUUGAAACUUUGUUCUUAUCAUCCUGUGAUGCUCUUAAACCCAUGUGGCUUGGAUUCUUUCCAAAGCUUCGAUCUCUAAGCAUCCAGUUGUGUACAAAUUUGAAGAGUAUUACAGAUCUAAACUUGCUUGGGCUCCAAAAUUUGACAUCUCUCGAGUCACUUUUCUUAAAUGGGUUCUUUAAUCUGAUAUCUUUUCCCCGAGGAGGACUACCAAGACUCAAUCUGACUAAAUUUACGAUCUGGCAAUGUUGGAAGCUCAAGUCGCUGCCUGAAGGAAUGCAUACCCUCUUCCCAUCUCUUCAAUCACUAGAAUUAAUGGAUUGUUCAGAAAUUGAGUGUUUUCCAGAAAGUGGGCUUCCCUCCAGCUUAGAUUCACUUGAAAUCGAAAAUUGCAGCAAACUUACCGCUCGCCGAAGAGAAUGGGAUUUGCAAAGGCUCCCUUCUCUUAGACACUUCAGAUUAGCAGGUGAACAUGUUAGAAAUUGGGGGCAGUCCUUUCCAGAAGAUGGGGUGGAGUCCUUUCCGGAGGAGGGGUUGUUACCAUCGACUCUUAUGUCACUCCGCAUUGAACAUCUACCAAAUCUGAAAUCGUUGAACAUCUACCAAAUCUGA